AUGGCAACCCGACGCAAGCCUCUGUUUGAGAGCAACGGCUUCGAGCCCCUCACCAGCACCAUGCCCGGCAGCACCAUCCGCCCACCCACGUCGUCGUCGCGACGCUCGCCCUUUCUGCCCACGCGCCUCGAGCUGCAGCUCGUCGCCAUCUACCCGACAACGCUGCUUCUCGGCAGCAUCUUCAGCACCCUCUCGCCCGCCAGCCGCAGCGCCCCCUACUCGGCUGUCCUGCAAUCGCACCCGCCUGAAGUGGCACCGAGCUACUUCGCCCAGAAGAAGAACGUCUUCAACGUCUACUUUGUCAAGGUGGGCUGGUUCUGGGCAACGCUGGCCUUUGCUGUCUUUGUGCUGUUCCAUCCUGGAUUCGGCAAGGGCGUGUCGGCGAGGCGGGUCCAAGCCGUGUUGCGCUACGUCACGGUGACGACGUGGUGGGUGUUUGUCACGCAGUGGUUCUUCGGCCCGCCGCUGGUCGAUCGCGGCUUCCGCUUCACAGGUGGACAAUGCGAGCUGCUCAGGGACCCCGGCGCGCGUCAGGACAUGAGCGACACGCGAGAGUUCAUCACGGGCGCGACGUGUAAGGCUGUGGGCGGUGUAUGGAAGGGCGGUCACGACAUCUCAGGGCAUGUCUUCCUUCUCAUCAUGGGAAGCUCGCUGUUGUGGCUGGAGUUCUUGCCCGCUCUCACACGUGUCGAGGGUCUCCGCGAUGGCCGCCUGAUCACGCUGGCGGAUGGCAAGGUCGCGAGUGUGACUGUUGAAAAGGAGCUUGUGAAGACGGAGGACGAGGCGACAGCGCAGGGUGUCAAGUUCGCACUCGGUGUUGCCGCCCUCAUGUGGUGGAUGCUGCUCAUGACGGCUGCCUACUUCCACACAUGGUUCGAGAAAUUCACAGGGCUGCUGGUAGCCUUCGCAGGGCUCUGGACCGUGUACUUUCUGCCGAGGGGUGUGCCGCAGGUCAGGGCUUGGUUGGGCAUGCCUGGCGUAUGA